AUGAAUAAACAAUCAUUGAAUACAAUUACACCAUUAUUAUGUAUCACAAUACAUAUAGAAAAUUAUAUUGAAUUAUAUAUACAUGAUGAUUAUUCAUUACCAAUAUUACAAUAUCGUUAUGAACAAUAUUAUAAUAAACCAUGGAAACAACCAAAAAAAUGUAUUAAAACAAAAUUAAUAUUAACUUAUACAUCAUUAAUAUUAAAAAAUGGUUCAUGGUGGCCAUAUCGUUAUGAAAAUAUAAUUCAAUAUAAAACAAUACAAAAAAUUAUUCUAUUUAAUCAACAUAAAUUACAAUUAGCUAUUGGUUUAUAUGAUGAUGAUUAUAUUGAAAAACAAUUUUUAAUUAUAACAACAAAAAAUAUUACUGAUAUUGAUAAAUUAAUUCAAUUAAUUGAUACACAAUUAUUAAUAUGGAAAUAUACAUUCAAUAAACAAAUCGAUUAUUAUCCUUAUCAAUUAUAUAAAAGAAAAUUAAUAAACAAUAAUAAAUUACAAUUAAUACCAUUAAAGAAUAAAGCAUUAAAUAGAAAAGUUUUGAUUGAUAAAAAUCCAAUGAUUCCAAUGACAAAUCAUGUAAUUGGAUUGAAUUCAUUAAGAAAUACUUCAUUCAAUCAAUUGAAUGAAAAGAUUAUUGAUAAAUCGAAUGGUAUAUUAGAAAUUAAUUAUAAUAAUCCACAAUCAAAUCAUCAUUAUAAUGAGCAUAAAUCAAUAUUACAUAUGUAUAAUAAUAUAAAUGAUCAUGAUUUAUAUAAUGAUAAAAGAAUAAUUGAACCAAUUCCAAGUACUUCAAAUAAUAAUAAUAAUAACCAUAAUCAUAAUAAACAUCGAAAAGAGCAUAAAAUGAAAAAAGAAAAAGAAGAAAAUAAAAAAAUAAAAAGUAAAUUAUGUCAAACAGAUUCUUAUUAUAUUGAGAAUAAUAAUAUCAAAUCAUGGGAAGUUGAUAUUAAACAUGUACGUUAUGAUCCUAUACAAGGAAAUAUAUUAGAUGAUAAUGGUUCAGUUUAUUUAUAUUCUGCACAUGAAAUUGACUAA